GGAGAACGCAAGGCUAACGCCUGGCCGCAUCUCUGACGCAGACGAAAACUUUUAGAGAGUCGACCUUCUUGCACUUUCUGAACACCAUCGACCAGCAUAACAGACAUCCUCAUCACAAUUUGCACGACAAUUCAUCUUUGACCACGCGCCUCUGUACAAAUAUAAAGCCAGCCACAAUCCAAUCACCCCUCGUCAAACCACCACAAUCCCGUCAACGCCCGCAUCCAAUUCAUAAACCCAGCACACUACCCUCACAAUGUCUUUCGGCGGCCUCUUCGGCGGCGGAUCUAGCUCCAGCUCCAGCUCCUCAUCAUCCUCAUCCGCACCGUCCACACCCUUCCCAGCACCGACCAGCAGCUCCGCCACCCUCCAACGCAUCCAGAACGCCAUCGCACAACAAGCAGCCGUCGCCAAUGCGCGGUACCUCAUCUCCAAAGUCAACGAGAACUGCUUCGCUCACUGUAUAGCCACGCCCGGAUCGAGUCUUUCCUCCGGGGAGCACAAGUGCCUGACGGCGUGUAUGGAGAAGUACUUUGACUCCUGGAACGUGGUGAACAGGACGUACGUGACCCGCGUGCAGAAGGAGGGCGCAUUGAUGCACGCUUCGCCUUCGCAGGGGAAGGAGUUGUUCUAGAGAGUCUUACCACACCCUCGAGGGUCCGACCGCUGUGGCGGAUCGUUGGCUGGCCGCUGGUUGAGAAUAACUGGGCCCUAAGAAAAGGCAGUCUGUCAGAGCACAUCGUUCUGCAGAGUUGUGGCACAAAAUUUCAAUGCAGCAAAGCUACAGAAU